AAAGUCAACCGUUAAGCGGUGUAAGACCUUGUUCCACCAUCAAACCUAAGCAUGGCAGCUUCAGGGCUGAGAUAUGUCCUUAAUUAUCACAGACACUGUCUUUCCGCCGCUUCUAACGUUAUUCUUUCAAUGUCCUUACUUUCUAGGAAAUAUCUUCAUGCCAACAAGGUUAAGCUGAUUCGGUUUCUAAACUUUUCGCAUGCCAAUGUUAAAAGAAACCCGAUAGCUUUGCAUCGACCUCUACAGGGACACUCUUCACACAAGUCAUUUCAUUCAACACAUUCUUUAAUUCUCUCCAAGCAGCGAUAUGCUACUGCUGCUCGACUUGGAACUUUUUUACACAGAUCAUAUCACGAUGACAAAUCGGAUAAACCCUGUUUGAAAUUAAUGGAUUUUCCUGAAAUAAUCUGGCCGAGUCCGAUAAAAUCCUUCCGAAACUGGUGGUUUUCUAAAUUAAUUCAAGGAUAUUAUGAUCACAGCUUUUCCAUAGAUUCUUUCCUAACUGGCUCAGAACAGGCCAUUAAUUAUGUUUCUAACUGUUUGGCAGAAGGAGAUUUCGAUGAGCUUCAACACAUUGUGGAACCUGAAGCUCUCCAAGAAAUCCAGAAUAACUAUGCCGACCUAAGCUUCAGUCAAAGAACGUCACUAGCUAUUAAACCCGAAGACAUAUUCCUGCGUUUUAUUUAUGAAAUCGGAAUGAUGUUUGAUGACAAUGAAAAUCAACGAUUUGUCGAGAUCACUGUUGUCUUCCAAGGAUUCCAUGGAUUCUACGACGCCAAACAGAAAGAUCCCCGAGAAUAUUAUGAAUUUGUCCGGGCAAACACCGAACUUCUUUAUGUCUGCAAUUAUCGAUUCAUCCGAGAUUUUACCAAAGGAGUUUCCAGUAGUGAUUGGAUAAUUAAUAAGCUGAAUCAUUUCAUACCAAACGAACUCACUUUGAAAUAGUUACAGCGUACACGUAUGAUUUUUACCAACAUCCCAGGUGGAACUAGAAAUGAAUGCGUCUUCAGACAUAUUGCUCCUGGAUAGCAGAUGAACAUUAAUUCUUCUAAACCUUUAUCUUUUAUUUUAUUUUCUUCUGUUGAAACUAAAUAAACUACAAUAUUGAAUUUGUUA